GAACAUCGUUUCUGAUUCUGAGAAAAUGUAAAAAAUGAUGUAAUUGAAGAAAGAACAACAACAACAACAACUUGUAUUGACUAUCGACCACAUUUUUAUUUACUGUAAAUGUUUAAAUAAUUAAUAUAACUGUAUUUAUUAAUGGAUUCAGUCGUAAUGUGGGUCAGGGGUUUUGUUGUCGUGCUCUUAUUGUGAAGGGGAGAGUCACCUGAGGGCAGCUCACUGAGCUUCCUCCACCUGUCGCCCUGCUCAGACAGGAAAAACCCGUUCCAGUGACUCCAUCCAUCCAUCGCCACAGUUUCCGGCUGCCACUCGAGGAAGCGGCGUAAAUCCUGUGUUGCCAGGUUGGAGAGCAGUCGCUGUGGUUCAUCCCUCUGGUGAGAAAGCGGCUCGGCUUGUGUGGAUGGAAGGAACCGGAUGUGGAUCGCGGUAGGAUCGGAGAGUCUCAGCCGGACCGGAUUUCAAAACACGGCAGCGCCGCGGUGAGAAGGGCGUCCGUCCGCUGCAUCACCCCCCGCUGCAGGGACAGCGUUUGUGAUGAUCAUCGCUCAGAUGUCGGAGGGUCGUCGCGGUUCUGUGUCGGAUCUGUAGCCGUGGAUUCAUCCGAACCGCUCGGACGCUUCCUCCUUCCACCUCCAGCGCACUGACGGCUGGCCUGACAUCAUUGGCUGCUCGUUGGGAAUGAAUCAUCGUCUUCAUCAGGGGGGGUCAGGGAUGCUGUCACUGUCACGGCACCCUUAAAAAAAAUCCCCACCAGACAGCAACACGCACACAAACCCGCCCAGAGACCCGCUAAGCCGCUGUUUGUUCCCUCGGAGCAGCUAUGGAGGAAAUCCUGCGCAAGCUGCAGAAAGACGCGUCCGGCCACAAGCACAAAGCGAUCCGAGACGCCUGCGUCUUCGCCUGCGAAACUCUCCAGUCUCAGAAUGGAUCAGCCAAAAUCUCCCCUUCGCAACUUCGAGAGCGCUGCCUGCUGCCGCUACAGAUGGCUCUGGAGUCAAAAAACACCAAACUGGGACAGACGGCGCUUACCGGGAUGCAGAAGCUCCUGUGUGAGGACAGGUUUGUUGGCGGCGUCACCAUGGAGGUGGAGGUCCUGGAGAAGCAGCUGCUCAGCCAGAUGUUGGAGGCCAUCAGAGUCACCCCCUCGCUCCACGAAGACCUGCAGGUGGAGGUCAUGAAGGUCCUGCUGUGUAUCACCUACUCACCAAACUUCGACAUUAAUGGAGACUCCAUCCUGCGGAUUGCUGAGGUGUGUAUCGAGACCUACGUGUCCAGCUGUCAUCAGCGCAGCAUCAACACGGCGGUCAGAGCCACGCUGAGCCAGAUACUGGGAGACCUGACGCUACAGCUGCGCCACAGACAAGAGGGUGCCGAUGGAGACGAGGUGACUGCCCCGCCGCUGCACAGAAGAGACAUCUCACCCACCAGCCAGGCUCUGUGUGAUGAUGUGGUGACGGUUCUGACAGUGUUCUGUGAGAAGCUGGAGUCGGUGGACAGUGGUAACCAGCUCCUGCAGCUACUCUACCUGGAGUGCAUCCUCUCCAUGCUCAGCAGCUGUCCACCCACAAUGCACCUGUCCAGAGGUUUCACCGACCUUGUAUGGAAACAGCUGUGUCCAUCCCUCGUGGCCAUCAUGGGAAAUCCUGUCAACGACAAAACCAUCGCCUCUCACCACGGCUACACGGGAGCGCUGGAGCGAGAGCGUCUCUCCGACAGAAUCAGUCUAGGGAUCAGCCUGGACGUGGACUCCUCCGGCGGAGGGGUAUCCGAUCAAGGCAGAGGGUCCGGCUGUUCCUCCAGCGCCCCCGCCAGGAUCGCCCCGGUGGUGCGGACUGUUUGUUACAUCGCUGCAGAGCUCGUGCGUCUGGUGAGCUGCGUGGAGUCGAUGAAGCCGGUGCUGCAGUCGCUCUACCACAGGAUCCUGUUGUACCCGCCUCCUCAGCACCGCACCGAGGCCAUCCGCAUCAUGAAGGAGAUUCUGGGCAGCCCACAGCGGUUGUAUGACCUGGCAGGUCCGUGUGUGGUGGAGCCUGAAACCAGGAAGCGCUCUUUCUCCAAACGGAAGUCCCACCUGGACUUGCUGAAACUAGUGAUGGACGGGAUGACCGAGGCCUGUAUGAAGGGAGGCAUCGAGGCGUGUUACUCGUCCGUCUCCUGUGCCUGCGCCCUCCUCGGAGCGCUGGAUGAGCUGUCGCAGGGCCGCGGCAUCCAACCUGAGCAGGCUCGACCUCUCCUCAGACGCCUGGAGGACCUGAAAGAUGGCACAGAGUCGACGCGUGAGUCCAUGGAGAUCAACGAGGCCGAUUUCAGGUGGCAGAGACACAUCCUGUCCUCUGAGCAGGCUCCCUUUGACCCCAGCUCUUCCUCCUCCAACAUGGCCACCACCGGGGCCACCGAGCGCAGCCCCGACAUCAGCAUCAGCAUCACCACGGAAACAGGCCAGACCACCCUGGAUCUGGAGGUGGGGGAGAUCGGCCUGGGUCACACCACUCCUGAGGAGUGUGGGGAGGACGCACACCUGCCCUCGCCCUCAUCCUGUGGCGUCCAGGAGGAGACCAAACAUGAGCCGAGCCAAGAACCGAGCCAGGGGAUCCAACAAGAGGAGAGAGGAGGUGCAGGGGAGGUCGAGGGGAGAGGAGAGAAACAAAGAGCAGCAGGAGGUGGUGGAGGAGUAGGAGUGGGGGAGAGAGGUUGUGUAGUUCCUCCAGAUGUGGUUCAGAGGAGUCACGGCCUUGUUUACCCUGACAUCACCAACUUCCUGUCGGUGGAGUCCAGGACCAGGUCACACCAUGGAGGAGGGUCCCGGUACAGUGAGAGCAACUUCAGUAUGGAGGAGCAGGACCUGUCGCGGACAGAGUUCGACUCAUGUGACCAGUACUCCAUGGCUGCUGAGAAGGACUCGGGCCGCUCCGACGUGUCUGACAUCGGCUCCGAUAACGUCUCGCUGGCGGACGAGGAGCAGCAGACCCCUCGCGACUGCCCGGGCCACCGCUCCCUACGAACCGCCGCCCUGUCCCUCAAACUGCUGCGCAACCAGGAGGCCGACCAGCAGAGCGCCAGGCUGUUCUUCCAAUCUCUGUCAGCGCUGCUGCCCCGCCUGCUGGGAUUGGCCACCGCCACCGAUGUGGACCUGUCGCUGCAGAACUUCUCUUCCAGCUUCUGCUCUGGACUGCAGGCUGGUGGGAUCCACUCUCCAGGUUUCGAGUCGGGCGACACUCUGAGCUGUCAGUCGCUGAUGAACGCAGACGGUCUCUACCUGGUGUCGUACUACUCUCUCCUGCUCAACCUCAAGCUCUGCUGCUGCGACUACUACCGACGGAGAACGCUCACGCCCGUCCUCAGCCUGAAGGAGUUUGUGCGUCUGAUCCAGAGCAGUGGAGUCCUGGUGGUUCUGUCUCAGGCCUGGAUCGAGGAGCUCUACCACCAGGUGUUAGAGCGCAACCUGCUGGGCGAGGCCGGAUACUGGGGCUCGCCAGAAGACCACACACUGCCGCUCAUCACCAUGCUGACAGAUAUUGAUGGUCUGGGCAGCAGCGCCAUCGGAGGUCAGCUGAUCAGGAGGGCGUCCAGCCGAUCACCACUCAGCUGUGAUAAGGCCGGCAGUGACACCGUGAUGGCAGGAGCCGUGUUCUCGCGCUUCAUCCUCACGGGCGUGUGGAAGAACCUGAUCGAUGUGCUGUCCACGCCGCUGACGGGACGCAUGGCCGGCAGCUCCAAGGGCUUGGCCUUCAUCUUGGGAGCAGAGGGGGUCAAAGAGCAGAGCCAGAGGGAGAGGGACACCAUCUGUCUGAGUUUAGACGGCCUGCGCAAAGCUGCUGCGCUCAGCUGCGCCUUGGGUGUGGCUGCCAACUGUGCUUCAGCUUUAGCACAGAUGGCUGCAGCCUCGUGUGUGCAGGAGGAGAAGGAGGAGAAGGAGCUGGGAGAGACGGGAGACGCCAUCACACAAGUGAAGCAGCGUGUCGAGCAGCGUCUGGAGCAGAUCGGUCGUCCUCAGGGAGUUCGCCUCCACACAGCUCACGUGUUGUGCAUGGACGCCAUCCUGAACGUCGGGCUUGAGAUGGGCAGCCACAACCACGACUGCUGGCCACAUGUCUUUAGGGUGACUGAGUACAUCAGUUCACUGGAGCACACCCACUUCAGCGAUGGCUCCUCGCAGUCGUCCUCUUUGACCACCAUCACCCAGCAGAGCCAGCAGGCGGUGGACCUGGGGCUGGAGCUGAGCUGCGAGCCCAGCCCGGAGGCCUCGGAGCUGGGCCUGAGUCAGCCGGUCAUCCAGCCUCUGUCCAUCCAGGAGCUGCUGAGGGAGAGCAGCAGAGGGGGCCGAGGUCUGGACCUGAAGACCGGCAGCCUGAUGACCGGGACCGGAGCUGCCAAGGCUGUGUGCACUCUGUCAACACAGGCUGACAGGUUGUUUGAGGAAGCAGCAACCAAACUGAACCUGGUGGGUCUGGUGGGCUUCUUGCAGCAGCUCAGGAAAGCUUCUCAGUCUCAGCUCUUUGACUCCGUUACUGAGACUGGAGACUAUUCACUGGCAAUGCCAGGAGAGGCCAAGUCGACGCUGGAGCGACGCAGCGCCCUCCAUCUCUUCCGUCUGGGCGAGGCCAUGCUGCGGAUCGUCCGGAACAAGAACCGACCUCUGCUCCACAUGAUGAGGGCCUGGAGCGUGGUGGCCCCACACCUGGUGGAGGCGGCGUGUCACAAAGAGCGCCACGUAUCCCAGAAGGCCGUCUCCUUCAUCCACGAUGUCCUGACGGAGGUGCUGACGAGCUGGGCGGAGCUUCCACACUUCCACUUCAACGAGGCGCUGUUCAGGCCCUUUGAGCACAUCAUGCAGCUGGAGCUCUGUGACGAGGACGUACAGGAUCAGGUGGUGACAUCGAUAGGCGAGCUGGUGGAGAUGUGCUCUCCUCAGAUCCUGUCAGGAUGGAGGCCUCUGUUCAGCGCUCUGAGGACCGUCCACAGCAGCAAGACCGACACUAAAGACUACCUGCUGGGAGAAUACUCCAUGGGGAAGUCCCAGGCUCCAGUGUUCGAUGUCUUUGAGGCUUUCAUCAACACUGACAACAUCCAGGUUUUUGCCAAUGCGGCCACCGACUACAUCAUGUGCCUCAUGAAGUUCGUCAAAGGAUUAGGAGAGGUGGACUAUAAGGAGAUUGGAGACUGUGUCCAUGUGUCGGGUUACAGCUCCACUGACCUCUGCCUGCCGGCUCUGGAUUACCUUCGUAAAUGUUCUCAGCUGCUGGCAAAGAUCUACAAGAUGCCGUCCAAGCCGGUGUUCCUCGGGGCGCGGCUCGCCAGCCUGCCAAUGAGGUCACAGGAACGCUCCAUCAGCACGGAGGAUGGGAUGGACUGCAUCCUGCAGGAGUUUGAUGAUGACACAGGUCUGAUCCAGGUGUGGAUUUUGUUGCUGGAGCAGCUCACAGCAGCUGUGUCCAACUGUCCUCGCCAGCACCAACCUCCGACUCUGGAGCUGCUCUUCACUCUGCUCAGAGAGGUCACCAAUGUACCAGGUCCGGGGUUUGCCAUCUUCUCUGUCAUCCAGCUGCUGCUUCCUGUGAUGUCACUGUGGCUGCAGCGUAGCCACGGCGACCACUCCUACUGGGAUGUGGCGGCUGCAAACUUCAAACACGCCAUCGGGCUGUGCUGCGAGCUGGUGGUGGAGCAUGUCAACAGUUUCAUACACUCAGAUAUCGGUUACGAGUCUCUGAUCAACCUGAUGUUAAAGGAUCUGUUCAAGCUCCUGGUGGCCUGUGUGUCUGAGCCGGCAGAGACCAUCUCCAGAGUGGGCUGCUCCUGCAUCAGAUACGUUCUGGUCACCGUGGGUCCAGUGUUCACAGAGGAGAUGUGGAGGUUGGCCUGCUGCGCUCUGCAGGACGCUUUCUCUGCUACGUUAGAGCCUGUCAAGAACCUUCUGGCGUGUUUUCACAGCGGCUCCGACAGUUUCUCUGGAGACGCCUGUGAGGUGAAGGUGGCGGCUCCGUCCCACUCUCCUUCUGCUGAGGCUGAGUACUGGAGGAUCAAAGCGAUGGCUCAGCAGGUCUUUAUGUUGGACACCCAGUGCUCUCCAAAGACGCCCAACAACAAGGAGGGCUUCGAGCACGCUCAGUCCUGCGUUCUCAUCAUCGAGCUGCCGUCUGACCAGCAGUCCAACGGACACACUCAGAAGAGGAAAAUUGGGAUCCCGUUCCGGACCAUCGUUGUAAGCCUCCUGUCCCACCAGGUCCUGCUCCAAAACCUGUACGACAUCCUGCUGGAGGAGUUCGUCAAGCAGCCCGAAGGUCACGAAAGGGUCACGCCCGUGACCUCUGACCCCAGCAGAAGCACAGCAGGCUUCCUGCGCUACAUCUCCAUGACCAAUUUAGCCAUAAUCCUGGAUCUGCUGCUGGACUCUUACAGGACAGCGCGGGACUUUGAUACCCGGCCCGGUCUGAAGUACCUACUGAUGAAGGUGUCGGGUGUUUGUGGAGCGGCUAAUCUUUACCGUCAGUCUGCCAUGAGCUUCAACCUGUACUUCCAGGCCCUGCUGUGUGCCACGCUGAGCCAAGCUGACAGCAUGACCGCACAGCAGGUGAAGAGGAUCCUGUACGAGGAGGAGGAGGGGAGCUCUGACUCCUCCCACCCCGGCUCGGCUUCAUCAGAGGACGAAGACAUCUUUGAAGAAACCGCACAGGUCAGCCCCCCUCGUGGCCGGGAUAAGCGCCAUCACUGGAGAGCGCCCAUCCCGUCUCUCAGCGUGCAGCCGCUGGGCAGCGCUGACUGGGCCUGGCUGGUCAAACGCCUCUACAAGCUGUGCAUGGAUCUGUGCAACAGCUACAUCCAAAUGCACCGGGACCUGGAGAGCACGCUGGAGGAUAUGGCACUGCUGAGAGCCGGAGCAGGAGGAGAUCACUCCUUCUUCAUUCCGUUCUUCCAGUCUGAGACCUCCACCCCGACGUCAGCAGGCGGGCUCUCGGCGAGGGGGACGCCAUCAGAGGAUGGCGGGUACAGGUGUCAGACGGCUGAUGUGAGCACAGCAUCACCAGGGGACACGCCCACUCCCAGCCCAGGAUACAGCUGCACAGGCAGUCUGCCCCACCACUUUCGGACCGGAGGUGAGAGGAGGGACUCCAGCCUCGCAGGAAGUUCGGUAGGAGGAGUUCCUGGCAGCGCCGUACCGGGAAGGAGGAAGGAAUGGUGGGAAAGUGCCGGGAACAAACUGUACACCAUCGCCACCGACAAAACCAUCAGCAAGCUGAUGAUGGAGUACAAACGCAGGAAACAGCAGCAGCAGCAGCAGCAGCCACAGCAGAGCCACGUCAACCUGUUCAUGAAGGAGCAGGGCCGGGCGGCGGGACCAGGAGGAGGCGUCGGGGAGAGGCGGGGCCCCGUGGAGCCACAAAGGCCCCCACAGAGGCCCCAGCAUCUGGUGGACCAGCAGGGUCCCCCUUUGAGGCACUCAGUCAGUGCUGGACCUGAGGUCCUGAGGCAGGAGAAGAGACCACGGUCAGGAUCCACCAUCAGCUCCCACAGCAUCUCACUGAGGGACUCUGAGGCUCAGAUACAGGCGUGGACCAACAUGGUGUUGACUCUCCUCAAUCAGGUCCUGCUCCUGUCAGAUUCCUCGUUCCUGGCGCUCCAGCCGGCGCUCUACCCCUGCCUCAGCCAGCUGUCCUGUCACGUGACCGAUGCUCGCGUACGCCAGGCACUGCGCGAGUGGCUGGGCCGCGUCGGCAGACUCUACGACAUCAUUCUGUGACACUGCAGCGGAGAAAAAUGCCAAAAAGCCCUUAAAGAAGAAUGCAGUCCGUCUGUCAGUGAGGGAUGUAAACAGAUGAAAGACGAGUGCCGCCGCGCGUUAGAACGAGGGCAGUUUUGAUUGGCCAGCAAAGAGAAAUGGCGGACUGUUGUUGGCUGAUGUUAGAUGAUGUGGCAUGUGGAGUUUGUGACACUUUUGAAGAACGGGGAGAACGUCGGUGAGCAUCAUGCGACAUUGAAUUGCAGGAUUUGAUUGGCCGAUGCAAAAGUCAGUAUGUGCAGGAUUGUUUGUAUGUGAUUUGAUAGUGAACGUCAGAUUUCUGUCUCUUGCUCUUCAGUUACAGUCGGUCCUCUCCACACAGACAAAAGCAUUCAAGUAUGAAACUGCAUCUUUUUCAAAGGGACCCUGCAGAGUUUUCUGGCUAUAUGCACGUUCAUAGUAUUGCUAAAUAUGUUAGUAUGCUACUUCUGAUAGCUGUCAGUGAGUUCAGUAACACAACGUGAGACUUUUACAGCUGCUUGCUCAUUAGCAGUGUCACCAUCAAUUCUGAUUCAAAUUCCUGAUACUGUCAGAGAUCCAUCAUUGAUUUGUUGGGGAAGAGCUUUACUCUGGACAGAAAUGAGAAACUGAGUUUGAGUGUAGAUUUCGCAGAUCUUCCAGAACGAUGGUGUUUUUUUCAUUUAUUUUUUUUUAAAUUUUGGUGAAUAUUAUCAAGCUGUUGUUGUUGUGAGAUAAACCUUGGAACAGAUGAGGUGAUUGUAUAACAACAAUAUAGCCAUCAGUGACCUUAAAAACCUCAAAAUCUAAAGUCAAGACACAAAACUUUACUCCACAGCACCACAAGUGGUCCAAAAACUCUACAGGGUACCUCUCAAGGAUUUUUAUUAUUGUUAUUUAUCAUUUAUUAUUGUUUUAAUCUACACUGAGGCCGUUAUUACUACUGAUUAUGAUGACGAUUGGGAAUAACAGUAAGUUCAAUGGAUGGCUGCCAAUUGCCUUCUUCAACAGAUCAUGCAAGGAGGAAACUAGAGCUGCCUACGAUUUAGCACUGAGAAUUGAUUUGUUGAUUAUGUUCUCGAUUAAUUGAUUUGUUUGUUUGUUUGUUUGUUUGAAGUCCACAACCCAAAGAUAUUCAGUUUACUGUCAAUAUCAGUAAACAUGACAGCAACACAGAUGACUGGCAUCUAAAACCCAGUUAAAGAAAAGUUGAAAAAGCCUAAAAUGCAUUUAUUUUUGAUUUAUCCUACUGGAGUGUGAGGCCACGUUACAGCCGGCAGAGACUUGUUUUGCAUUCGAUCUGAUUUUUUCAUGAAUGUUUUUGCGCAUUUUCUAUAUCCAGCUUUAAAAUGCUCCUGCAACUGAAUGUCUUAGUUAAUUAUUCACCUUCUGGAAUGAGAUCAUGUAUUUAAUUUAACCAAAUACCACAUACAGUAUGUGUAUUUAAUAUUUAAUGCAGAUGGUAUACUGCACAUUAUUUUUUGCUUCAUGUUGCGUAAAUGUAUUUAUGUAAAUGCUUUAUUAUUUAAAAUACUUCACGUGUCA